CGCCCCAGGUCCGGCACUAUAUCAAGAGCCUGCCUCCCUUUAUCAAACUCCACAGUCCUGCUACAGUCUUCAGCUGUACAACGGUCCUUUCUCCUCGUGUUCUCUCUUGACCAGCAGACAGUCAGCCAUGAUGUAUAACCCCAGUGGUUCCAUAAUAAUGCGACAGAGCCGCAGCUACACAUCAAGUGCGCCUGUUCACAAGGCUCACAGUGUGUCAGGACUCAGCUAUAGGUCAGCUCCUCGCGUCUCCGCCGUCUCCAUGCGCACUGUCUCCUCUGGGUUUGGUGGUAGCAUGGGGGCUGGCAGCAGCAUGGGGGUCGGUGGUGGCUUCGAUCUGUCCAGCGCCCUGGACCAGAGCACCAUCCAUCUGAAUGAGAAGGCCACCAUGCAGAACCUGAAUGACCGUCUGGCCUCCUACCUGGACAAGGUUCGCUCUCUGGAGGCAGCCAAUGCCAAGCUGGAGAAGCAGAUCAGAGAGUACUACGAGCAGAAGGGCCCUGCAGCAGAGAGAGACUACAGCAACUACUGGGCCAUAAUCAAUGACCUGAAGGACAAGAUUGCUGCUGCCACCAUCGGCAAUGCCAACAUCCUGCUCCAGAUUGACAACUCCAAACUGGCUGCUGACGACUUCAAGACCAAAUAUGAGCAUGAGCUGAUGAUGCGCCAGUCAGUUGAGGCUGACAUCGCCAACCUGCGCCGCCUGCUUGACCAGACCACCCUGACGAAGGCUGACCUGGAGAUGCAGAUCGAAGGUCUGCAGGAUGAGCUGGCCUACCUCAAGAAGAAUCACGCAGAGGAGCUGGCAGCACUGCGGUCUCAGCUUACUGGCACAGUCAAUGUGGAGGUUGAUGCUGCACCUCAGCAGGACCUCAACAAAAUCUUGGAUGAGGUCCGCGCCCAGUACGAAGCCAUCACUGAUAAACAUCGUCGCGACCAGGAGUCCUGGUUUAAUGAGAAGUCGGCAGCCCUGACCAAGGAGGUGGCCAUCAGCACAGAGACAAUCCAAACGUCCAAGACAGAGAUUGGUGACCUGCGGCGCACACUGCAGGGCCUGGAGAUCGAGCUGCAGUCUCAGCUCAGCAUGAAAGGGGCUCUGGAGAACACGUUAGCAGAGACAGAGAAUCGUUACAGCGCCAUGCUCGCUGGCUACCAGAACACAAUCAACAUGCUUGAAGCUGAGCUAGCCAACAUGCGAGCCAGCAUUGAGCAGCAGGGCCAGGAUUAUAAGAUGCUGCUGGACAUCAAGACCAGGCUGGAGCAAGAGAUUGCAACCUACAGGAGCCUGCUGGAAACAGAGGAGUCCAGACCCAUUGGUUCAGGGGGCUCAAAGACCACAGUCACAACCACCACUGUGCGCACUUCCAGCUAGGAGGUCCAACUGGCAGGACAAGCUGUUCUCGGACACACACAUACACACACAGACACACACACACACACUCUGACUAAUAAAAGCUGUUACACGAGAUGAGAUGAGUGAAGCUGUACUGAAAAAAUCUGAGAUAAGAUGAAAAAGAAGCCCGUGUUUAAAGCUCAUGUAUGAAAAAACAUUUGCAAUUAAGAAGAAACGCCUGAUGUACUGUAUGUGUGUGUUUGUGUGUGUUACCUGUCUGAAAAAUAAAUCUGCUGGUGAACAUAA